AUGUCAGAAAUAGCGGAGCCAGGCGUAAAGCGAGCAAAAUUAGCAGGAGAUGAAGGGGAUCAAGGUACAGCCGAAACCAGCAAAGAGGCUGAAAAGGUGCGGAGUCAUCUUCAGUUUUCCUACUUGUCAUUUAGUUGCAAAACUAAGAGUUCAGUCAAAACAUGUGUGCCUCGUUCUUUACUUUGAUAAUCUUCCUUGGUGGAAAUGAAGUUUUCCUUAGGGGUUCGGUUUCUUAAAAAGUGGAAAAUCCAAGGAGUUGGGGGUGGGGUCCUAUGUGAAAUUCCCUCCUUGGUGGGACUGUGGAUAUUUUCUGGAACCAAACAUUUAGGUCAAGAAACAUAGGCAUACCCUAAUGUCCUGUUGUGUGACACAUCACUCUAUAGGAUCAGGUACAUUGAAACCCCACCACAUGCACACAGUCGCCUCAUCAUUAUGGCCCCAUGAUUAAAUCAAAUUUUGUCCUAGCAAAUUGCCCACAUGGAAAAUGUCCUCCCUCUGAAAUCCAAAGGUUUAUUUUGUUAUAAAUCCAAAGCAAUAAGAACAAAACUGCUUUCCAAAGGGCAGACAAGUAACAAAUUAAUGAUACUAAACCUUCAUGAAAAGUUUCAACUUUCUUUCUAAGUUUCUCAAAGUGGUAUCUUGAAUGAGAAAAGUAAGUAGCCAUGAAAAUAAGACCCUACCCUGAACCCAUUCGCUCCUGAAGAUUUUGCCGAAAAAGGCAUUUUGAAGUUUGUGUAGUGGUUUUCUGGUCACUGACGUGCUAUAAAGAGCUAAAACUUACCACAAAACCGUUUACAGGUCGUACACUUUACCUCCUUCUGAUCCAGAUGCAAAGUGUUAGCUUGCGAAGUUCAGGCAUGCACAGAAAGCAAAAUUUUGCUUUUUGCUUUCUCUCCUCCCCUCUUUUUUCACUUUUCUUGUCUCAUUUUUUCUCUCUUGCUGGGCAUUUAGUAGGCUUCAUUUUGGUGGGAAAAGUUUUUAAGAAAGCUUUUAGGAUCUUAGGAUUAGGUGAAAGGAAAGGUAGGUGGGCAAUGGAACAAGAUUUUCCUGGAGAUUUUCAGGUCAAUGUUACAUGGUUUUUCUCCUUUUUCUCUGGUGUCCUUGACUAAAUUGUGCUCAUUCUAGUAUGGUUUGAAAGAUCUCUUUACUCUGCACAAGUUAGUGGACAAAGUUGCCCUUGACAGUUAAAACUGAUGAUGUCACAAGUGGUAGAAAGGACGUGGAUCCACACAGGUGGUUACGGGCAGCUCAGGGGUGAAUGGGUUAAUCAAUUUUUUGCAUUUUGUCUUACCGAGUUUAUGUUUAUGCACACUCAUAUCCAACAGGCACCCAAAGAAAUCUUACUACAUGAACUGGAAAGACUUCAGAAAGUGUUGUCAAACAUCUUGUUUGAAGCUAAAGAACACGUAAGAAAUUCUGUUGAAGAUUUCAUUGAAGACAAAGUACGCAAAAUGGGCCCAAUGAUAGGUCACUACUUCUCUACAUUCCAGUCAUUGAAUGUCAUGACAAGAAAAGAUAUGGAUCAGGCAGUUAAAAAAAUGUAUAGUUUCAAAAGUAUCCGAGAUGCAGAAGAGGAGCUGUUUCAAGCAGAGCAAGAUUGGGACUCUUUCUUGAAAGAAGUAGAUCAUACGUUUGAUUCUUUGUGUGGUUCAGUGAAUGAUAAAGAGCUUGUCAUUGGUUCAUAUGGUCCAUGCGAACUUAAGUUAACUGAUGUUUCUACAGAAAGGUUAGUGUAGUAGGAGAUAUGGUGACAUGCAUGAAGCCUGUGUACUUUCCCUAGGGGCAGAUCUAGGAGGGGUCUAAAAUUGUGCAAAGUGUUGAAACUGUUUUAUUGCCAAUCUUAUUUCCACAAUGCAGACCCUAAAUGUUAAUCAUUCAUUGGUAGUAAACGUUGAAGUUUAAAGAAUUUCUAAAGAGUUCUUAAUGACAUCUAUAGGAAGCUUGGCCCAAGCAUGUUAGAUUCGUUGCAAAAUAGGAACUUAAGGCAAAUUGCUAUGGCAACCUCUACUACAUGGAAAUGACCCUUCACCAUAACGCCAAAUCCUACAAUGUGAAGAUCUGUCUAAUUGUGGCAUACUAGCUAUAUAUGCGUGAGUAUAAAAGUCAACUUUCCUCUUUUUUUACAAUCAUCAGUUUCAAAACUUUUCACAGAUUGUUUUUCACUUUAUCAAGAAAGCAUUUGACGCUUCUGGUUUUCCAGUAAUUAUGUCUUCCCUAUGUUUUAGUAACAAUGAAAGCAAAUGAGCGAGAAACCCCGUAGUCCCCGUUUUUGGUGCCACUUGCUUCAAGUUGAAAUUUGGCAGGCUACAGACUGACAUACUCUCCUCAGGACUACGCAUCCACGACUGCUGUAGUAGAGAUCGCUGUAGCGAUUUGCUUAAAGUCCCUAAAAUCUCUUCUCGGGGGAGCUUUCUUAUUCACGGAAGCAGUUUUUUUUGCAAGAAUUUUGCAAGAACUUUUUGGGCAAGUGGUGUUAAAUUUUGAUUACUUUGAACUGAAGAACAUCACUUUCCAUCAGAAGAUAUUAUUUUCUAAUGCUGUAGUAGACUUACUUAAUCACGGUGGUUUUUUAGUUUGAAUUUCUCCCAUAAGUGCUGCAUCGAGGCUACAGUGCUUCUUAACUCUUUUGUCCCAAAUUUGGCCAUUAUUAAUUUGAGGGCAGUGCUUAAUCAGGGGCAGGCUUAUUCCAGUCAAUUGGGUUAAAAACCUUUCACAGUUUUCUUGAGCUUUCUGUGAUGUCAAUCAUGCAAUAAUUUUUUUAUCAUUAAUUUGAUGAUUGACAUCAGUCAUCAACUUUAUACUAAUGUAGAAAAUCCUCCAAAUUUGGUUGGUACUAGGUGGUUAUGAAAAAUUAGAAACGAAUAAUAAAGUGAUUUUCUCUUCAAGGCAAUUCUCCAUUCAAGACUUGCUAACCUCAACAUCCACUGUCUUGGUACUUCUGCGUCAUUUUGCAUGACUGCCAUGACGUGACCAUGUGGCCCAAGUGGAAGCAUGCAAAGCAAAAUUUGAGGCCCAUAAUGGACAAGUUGUUGUCAUCAGCUUUGGAAACGUGGUAAGCAUCAAAUUAGCCUGCUUUGCUGACUGACUAAACAGGUAUAUUAUCAUGAGGGUGUCCAUAGACAGCAGGUUGAACAGGGGCGGAUCUAGGGGAAGGGUGCAGGGGGUGUGCAACCCACCGGAGAUGACGUGCGGCUUUCCAAUACAACUGUUAUUCUGUAUUAGAAUUUGUUUACGUCACCAGUCAGUUACUCCAUUCCUUAGAGGUGCAACCCCUACAAAGAAAAAUCCUGGAUCUUCCCCAGUAUUAUUUUAUUUUAUUUUCAGGCUGGAGCUAGGAGGUGGCUGAAGGAUACACACUGCAAACUGAGAAUGUUUGUUGAUCCAGAACGUCAUCUCUACAAUGCCCUUGGUCUAAGGCGAUCAGUGGCAAAAACUUGGAGUAUACCUGCCCUUGUUUACUAUGCAGAGCAAAAACGAGCUGGGAGAAAACUUGCAGCCAUGUUUGAGGAGGAUGAUCCUAAUCAGAUGGGAGGAGAUUUUAUUUUAGAUGAGCAGGGAAGAUUGGCAUUAAUUCAUCGCAGUAAAAUUUCAACUGACAGACCUCCAGUUGAAGAACUCUUGAGUUGUGUCAAGGACCUGAAUAGAGCAAAAGCAAACUUGUAA